UCCUAUCGUUGGCCACUAAUAGGAUUUGAAUGGGCACACAUCAAGAAGGAUAGAGCUGCCAAGGGGAGCCGCCUCACACGCGCACACGUUGGCGCACACGAAUACACGGAUAAUCUAAGAAGCAUUGUGGGAAGGGACGGUUUAGACUUCCUCACACGCAUGUAAACGCAUCACGUACAAGAGCGCAGCUCUCAGUGCAGUGAGACACAUGUGAGAGGGGGCGUUGAGAGACAAUCACUUGUGUUGAUUCUCCAUGGUGCUGUCGACAGCUGCAUAACUGAAGAAACUCCCAGAUAUUGUUUUGCAUUAUGGCAAAAUUAACACUUUUCAUCAUCAUGGGAACACAAAGAACAUUGAUGCAGAUUUAAAAAGUGAACUGAGGACAACAUGAUCCGCCCUGGUGCACUAAAACAACACUUUGUUCAUCUGCAUUCUACCAUUAACUGGGACUCACUUUCCCUCUGCGCCUUUUCUCAUUCUGCAUUCAUUGUGGACGAAGCCGUUUUUAAAGCAGUUCGUUUUUGGCUGCCUGGCAAUGAGUGGAGGGAAGACAAGCAGACAGAUGGAUGCAGCUCUUACGCACAGGGAGACAGACAGAUGGCUGUGUGUCCUUUUAGAGAAAAACUUUGAAUACUGAGACAAAGACUUUGAUUGAAUCACUGGAGCCUGUGUGGCCUGGUGCGGAUAUAAAAACGGACCCUGCAGAUUCAUUAUGGAGCUUGUCCCAAAAACCAAGUACACCCACUUUCGGAGUGAGUCGCUGAGCUCAACUGAUGAAAUCAACUCCAAUCCAUCAUCGUUGCCUCCUUCCAGUCCUACCACCCCGCUCACUCCCUCCCCUGGUUUACCUUCUUCUCUCUCCUCCUCGUCUCUCACUCCUAUCUUGCCCCCCUCUUCUCCCCGCCCGGCUGAGAACAGCCCUACCACCCUCUGCUCCUUCUUCCCAAGGAUGGGAUCCCUUCGCCUGGGUAUCUCUGCCACUCUUCUCCCAGGACUCAAGGCCUCGCGCAGGCCGCAGCAGCCUCGCGCUCCUGUUGAGUUCUCUGGGGACAACCGGAGCAGCUCCUCCCCUCCGCUUCAUCACCCAAUUCCCCUUUUAACCGCUCCUUCUCCCCCUCCCCGACCUCCUCUGCAGGACAUGAACCGGCUGGGUGGGGCGUCCAGGAAGGCCCGGGCGGAAGGGGCGUCCAGGAAGGCCCGGGUGGAAGGAGGGCAGCUGGGAGGAGAUGAGUGGACGCGCCAUGGCUCCUUUGUCAACAAGCCCACCCGCGGCUGGCUGCACUCCGACGGUGUGGUCAGCACCACCGGUGUUUCCUACAGUGUCCGCUACAUGGGUUGUGUGGAGGUGCUCCAGUCAAUGAGAGCGCUGGACUUCAACACCAGAACUCAGGUCACCAGGGAGGCAAUCUCUGUGGUGUGCGAGGCCGUGCCCGGAGCCAAAGGAGCCCAGCGCAGGAGAAAGCCGUCCUCUCGCUGUAUGACAUCCAUCCUGGGGAAGAGUAACCUGCAGUUUGCCGGCAUGACAAUCAGCCUCACCAUCUCGACCAGCAGCCUCAACCUGCUGGCCGCCGACUGCAAACAGAUAAUCGCCAAUCAUCACAUGCAGUCCAUCUCCUUCGCCUCUGGAGGAGACCCAGAUACAGCUGAGUACGUAGCAUAUGUGGCCAAAGACCCAGUCAACCAGAGAGCGUGCCAUAUCCUGGAGUGUUCCGAGGGUUUGGCCCAGGAAGUCAUCAGCACCAUCGGUCAGGCCUUCGAACUGCGUUUCAAACAGUACCUCAAGAACCCCCCCAAGCUGGUCACACCUCAUGACAGAAUGGCUCCGUUUGACGGCUCUGCAUGGGAGGAAGAAGAUGACGAGGCUGCUCCACCUCCUGACGUCCCUUACUAUAAUAAUUUCCCUGGAAAACAGCCUCCCCCUGGUGGACUGAUUGACAUGAGGACACGUCCAGGUGCCACGCUGCCUUAUGGACAGCCAGGCCAGAAUGACAUUCACAAGCAGCCUCUGCCGCCUCUACCAGUGGGUGCCAAAGAAGGUGGACGGGAACUGUUUGAUGACCCUUCAUACGUCAAUGUGGACAAACCCCGCCCCCCAGUUGCAGCUAAUGGAAAUGCUCACAGAGAUGCUUUUGACAUGAAGCCAUUUGAUGAUGCCCUGGGAGUCUCUGCAGCAGCGCCCCCUCUGGUGCAGCAGCUGCAGUGCGAGGCCUGGUUCCACGGUAGCUUAAGUCGCAGGGAAGCGGAGAGGCUGCUGACCCGCGAUGGAGACUUUCUGGUCCGAGAGUCUGGGACCACGCCCGGACAGUAUGUCCUCACGGGACAGCAGGGGGGUCAGCCCAAACACCUGCUACUGGUCGACCCGGAAGGAGUGGUUCGUACAAAAGACCAUCGGUUUGAAAGUGUGAGCCACCUGAUCAGCUACCACAUGGACAACAGACUCCCCAUCGUCUCAGCCGGUAGUGAAGUGUGUCUGCAACAGCCAGUAGAGCGCAGAGCCUGACAACACACACACACACACACACACACACACACACACACACACACACAUCAAUGAAUUUACUCCACCAAAUAUACACACGCUCCUGCCGCAAUUCAUCACAAGAUAAACACAUCUUCAUAUGCUAUAAUACACACUUCAAUGCUACCCUUAACACACACUUACAAUAGUACAUAUAUGCACACACCAUUGCAAAGAAUGCCAAAAAACUCAAAAUGAUCACCAGUGUCUCAGUUAAAUCACUCCCUUGCUGCUGUUGCUACGUAUUCCUGUCUUUCUGAAACCCAAACUGUGACCUGCAGUCUUCGACACACAACAACUAUCAGGCACAUCCCUCCACAACGGAGAAGCACUGCUGCAAUUUCUCAACAGCCUACUGUGAACCAGGGAGAAACCCGUUGCUAAUUUCAGAACGGGCAGAAAACAGAUGCAAUUUUUAUUUUAUUUUUAAAGGAAAAAACUAAUCUUUACAUGCGAUAAUAAAAAAAAAA